AUGGAUGAUGAGCCAAGGGUUAGUGUCAGGUCAAAGUACUACAGCAGGUCCAUCUCCUUCAACCACAACUGCUGCAGCCUCAUCUACGACUGGAUCUUCAGGCUCAACCACAGCUAUGGCCCCCACUACAGCUAUGUCUUCAGCAGCUCCAUCUUCGAGUUCAGCUCCAGUUAUAGUCCUUACAACGGCAUCUCCAACAUCAGCUGCUGUUACGGUCACCCCAACAGCAGCUCCAAGUUCAACUACACCUACAGUCACCACAACAGCAUCGCCAAGUUCAACUACACCUGCACAUCGCCAAGUUCAACUACACCUGCAGUCACCACAACAGCAUCGUCAAGUGCAACUAUGACUACAGCCUUAACAGCAACAUCUUCACCUUCAGCUACGUCUACUUCAACUACAAGUGGUUCAACUACAACUGUCUCUACACAUUCAACUACAACCACCUCUACAGUUUCAGCUACAACCACCUCUACAGUUUCAAUUACAACUACGUCUGCAAGUUCAACUACAACUCCAGCUCCUCCAGCCGCAAGUUCGACUACAACUACUGUCAGUAUAGCACCUCCCUCUGGUUCAUCCACUCUUGCACCUUCAAGUUCAACUAGAACAUCAACUGCUGCAACAGCAUCUACUACUACAACUGCAAACAGCACAGUUUCCCCAGGCUCGAAUACAAAUACCACAAAGGACAUGUCCACAAACUCGACCGGCAACAUGACCACUGCAGGCAACUUCACCAGUAUGAUAUCCUGCCGGGCCUUUACCUGCAACGCCUCUGCGUGUUACACUGUGUUCAUGAACCAGACUGCCAGCCCCUGUGCUGCUGAGGUCUCUUUCUGUGAGCUGAGGCGGCAGGCGGACAUGAGUUACUCCGUGGGCUGCGGAGCGAACUGCAGCUGGUCCUCCGAGCGCUGUGUGAAUCAGACUCAGGCAGGCUGCACCGUGGAUUGCUGCAACAGCACCGGCUGCCUCAACUCCACCCUCUACUCCAUGGUCCCAACGACAGGUACCACCCCUCUGCUCAGAGAGCCCACGGGGGGCGGCUCCUACGACUACAAAACCCACUACCACAACGACCACUACCACAACUCCCGCAAACAAUGUAAGGGCAAGAAAUGUCACAAACUGACGUGCACCGGGGAGAAGUGCUACCAAGCAGACAGCCAGAAGGGACUGGUGGUGCUGUGUCCAAAUGGCCAGGACUACUGCCAUCUGAAGAAGACGGUGUCGUUGGCAGUCAUGACGUGGACAGCGGGCUGCAGUGGAAACUGCAUGUCACAGACGGUGUGCACGUCCACGGCGGUGGACUGCUACCAGGAGUGCUGCAACGCCACCACGACGGCCUCCUGCCUGAAGCUGGACGGGACUCUGAACAUGCCCAACUCGGCCCCCGGCCCCCGCUCCCUCCUGGCGCUGAUGACCUCCUCUCUGCUGGUCUGGCUGCUCUUCCUCCAGUAG